GCUCAGUAGCCGGUGCCUACCCCUCCUAGCUCAGCAACAGUGCCUACAACACUAGGAGACUGCUGGCAGCAGGAGCGGAGCCGGAAAGCCAUCUUUGCUGGAGAGGGAGGCAGCAGCCCCUGCGCCGCUAGGCAGCCGCUCCACUGCCCAUCAUGUCUGCUCCAGCUCCUACCCAAGGUCCCACCAGUGCCGGGGCUGGAGGGCCACCUCCUGCUACCAAACGGCUGCAGCAGACACAAGCCCAGGUGGAUGAAGUGGUAGACAUCAUGAGAAUGAACGUGGACAAGGUGCUAGAAAGAGACCAGAUGCUAUCAGAGCUGGAUAACCGAGCAGAUGCAUUGCAAGCAGGUGCCUCACAGUUUGAAACCAGUGCAGCCAAACUGAAGAGAAAAUACUGGUGGAAAAAUUGCAAGAUGAUGAUCAUCCUUGGUGUAGUAUGCGCAGUCAUUCUCAUUAUAAUUAUAAUUUAUUUCUCCACUUGAAAAAGCAGAGAAGGAAGACUUGGCACAACUUUGUUCAUAUCAACCAACGAUAUCAGUAUUUCUUUGUUGAAAUCCGCUUUUUAAUUCCCGGUGUCUUGGGAUUUUUGCUUGUAAUAACCCAUAAGCAUUCA